AUGAGCAAAUCUUUCAAAUUGGCCGAAGUGGCCCAACAUAACAAGCAAGAUAGUUGCUGGGUGAUUCUUCAUGGAAAAGUAUACGACGUCACCAAUAUCCUGGCCAGCCAUCCAGGCGGUGCACAAGUAAUGCUCCGCAGAGGAGGCAAAGAUACAACCGAAGACUUCGAUUCGAUCCACCCACCCGAGGCGAUAGAAGCUCUAAAACUAAACUUAUUAGGCUCCGUUGAAUCAUCGAAGUUAAAAUCGGAUGUCUCGAAGACUGAUCAACGUAAGUCUGCGAUUGACAUAAACAGUCUACUCAAUCUCCAAGAAAUCGAAGAAGCUGCCACGAAGGUGAUUAGCAGGAAGGCAUGGGGAUACUACUUCUCGGCUGCGGACGAUAAGUUUUCUAAAAACUUCAAUACACAGGUCUAUAGAUCGAUAUUACUUCGUCCACGAGUGUUCAUUGACUGUUGCGAAUGUGAUCUGGGGACAGAGGUAUUAGGCUACAAGGUCGGGCUACCCCUCUUCGUCUCGCCAACAGCAAUGGCAAGACUGGGCCAUCCAAGCGGUGAAGCAGGAAUCGCAGAAGCCUGUCGGUCUUUCGAUGCACUUCAAAUCAUCGCCAACAACUCGUCUCUCUCACCAGAACAAAUAGUAGCCAAUGCCUCACCGUCCCAGAUAUUUGGCUGGCAGCUCUACGUGCAACUAGACCGAGGAGCGAGUGAAGCAAUGCUCAAGAGGGUGAACCGCCUCGAUGCAAUCAAAUUUAUCAUUUUAACUCUUGACGCACCGGUAGCAGGAAAAAGAGAAGAUGAUGAACGCAUCAAUUUCCAAUCCAAUCCUAGAGGAAGUACCAGUAUCACCACGCAUCUCUUUGCCGGCACCGACCCAUCAAUCACAUGGACCGAGACUUUGGAGUGGCUAUCUCGGCAAACUCAGAAACCAAUAAUACUCAAAGGUCUCCAGGAUCAUGAGGAUGUUCUGAUGGCAACGCGGUAUACACCUCUUAUUAAGGCUGUCGUGUUGUCGAAUCACGGUGGCAGGUCGCUUGACACUGCGCCUCCAGCUGUUCAUACUCUUCUUGAGAUUCAGAAAUACUGUCCUCAUGUUCUUGAUGUUUUUGAUAUAUGGGUGGAUGGAGGAAUUCGACGGGGUACUGAUGCUGUGAAGGCGUUGUGCUUGGGAGCGAAAGCGGUUGGUAUUGGAAGGCCUGCUCUUUGGGGACUUGGCGCUGCAGGUGUGUCGGGAGUUGAAAGAACAUUGCAAAUUCUCUCGGAUGAGAUGAAGACUUGCAUGCGCCUUCUUGGUGUUAAGACUGUUCGAGAUUUGGGUCCACAAUACGUAAUAUACUCUUUCUCACUUCAACAAUCAGAUUGUGUCAACACAAGAAUGGUAGAGCAGCAGAUCUACAAUGGGCCAGAUCUUUCAGAGAACCCGUUGAGAGGGAAACUAUAG